CCCAGCUGUGCGCUGAUUGGUUGUCUGCUGUGAGAGGUCCGGGACUUUCGGUUGCAAUCUCUAGAGCAGGAGCGAAAGGAGAGCAAUGACAGCGGCUGGCGUCGCGCUGCCCCUGUUGAAGCAAUGCCUGAUCAGGCGGAAUGGUCAACAGGAGCAGUAUGGAGUGGCUGCCUCCCGCCUGCAGGAGUUGAGGAGCAAGGCUUGUGACCUGCUUGCAAUUGACAAGAGCUUAGGCCCCAUCACCUUGGUAUUGGCCAAAGAUGGCACCAUUGUGGACGACGAGGACUACUUCUUGUGUCUGCCACCAAACACCAAGUUUGUGGUGUUGGCGAAGGAUGAAAAAUGGUCCAGCAGCCGUGUAGAUGGGGGCACAGCUUGGCUCCAGAGAGAGACCACUGAGACAGAUGGAGCAGACAGCAAGGGAGAGAGAUGGCGGCACCUUGCCAGACAACUGAAGGCUGACCUCUCCACCAUUAUCUUGAUGUCAGAGGAAGACCUCCAGGUGCUCAUUGAUGUACCGUGCUCAGAACUGGCUGAAGAACUUGCUGAGAACCAGCACAAAAUCCAAACUCUGCAAGACACUCUCCAACAGAUGCUGGACAGGAGAGAGGAGGAACGGCAGUCCCGGCAGCUUCUCCAACUGUACCUGCAAGCAUUGAAAAAUGAGGACAGCGCUGUACCAACGGCUGCAGAAGCAGAGGAAACUACCACCGACGGAAAGGUUACGGUUGAUCUUGAGAGCAACAGCGGAGGAUCUGCCCCCACAACUCAGCUCAGCAGCCAAACCUUGACACAACUCAGGGAGAAGGCAGCUCCGGAACUCAGCCUGGCCAGUCAGGACUUGGAGCUGGUUUCUAAAAAUGACCCAGAAUCCCUUGCUCUGGCCCUGAACUGGGACAAGCCCAAGACGGAGGCCUUGCAGAAGGCAUGCCAAGAGGAGCUUUCGCGGCGUCUGCAACAGGUGCAGGCUCUGCACGCCUUGAGAAGCAUCUCGAAGGGCAAAGAGAAGCCGCCUUUGAGAGACUGGUUGAGCCCCAAGCGCAAGAAGUAGGAGGCCGCGGCAGCUGACACUCGAAGUGGCCAGGAAGUAGAGACUCGUUCCAGGAAAAGUCUGGGUGGCUUUCUGUACUUGGAUUUAUAAACUAACUGAGCAUGUCAGUACAGAGAGUCCUGUGUAGCCAAAAGGUGUUUGUCAUUCCACAGGGCGCCGUAACUUGCCAGUUCUUGAAUCACGGGGGGAAAGCUACUUUUUAAAUCUUCCUGCAGAUUAUUUGGCACAAGCCUUUAAGGACCUGUCCGAACAAUUCCUGGAGAGCAUGAUGUUAAAGCAGUCAGAAAAAAAUGCUAUUUUAAGUAGGAUGGAGAAUCUUCUGGGCUGAGGGGAGCCCAGUUGAACACACAUGCUGAGCUUCUAGCUGUCAUUUCUUUCAGCACCCAGGAAUUCCUGAUUUGCAGUCUUACUUUCUGACCACUCCUCGCCUUCGUCUCUCCCAUGGCUUGAUGUACCACCACCUCAUUUAAACAAGAGGUUGUCUUUGCCUGCUAAAUCGUUGCUCCCCUAGAACAUAAUGUAUCUUUUUAUUGCUUCCCUUCACGUUUUCAUAGACUGGGUGGGGCCCUAUUUCAAAAAUCACCCCCCCCCCCCAGCAGUUCUCAGCUGCUGCCUCUGCCUUGUUGCCUUGGCUGUUUCUAUAGGAAUCUAUCAACGUUUUUAAAGAGCUAUAAGACGGCAUCCAGGCUUUACUUGGAUGUAAAAACACGGGACAAUCACUGCUCUUGCUAACGAAAGAAUAAUAUGGGUUAGAUUAAGUUUGCUAAAAAGUCACUUCUUUACAUACUUUCUAAAAUUGGCAUUAAAGAUUUUGUAUCAUUUGAUUAA